AUGUUCUCUCCAGAGGAGCUGCCAACGCUGCUGCCCUGUCACUGCAGGUGUUUGCGUGUGAACCCCAAGGGCCUGGAUGAGGAGAGCAAGGAUUACCUGUCCCUGUACCUGCUGCUGGUGAGCUGCCCCAAGAGCGAGGUCCGAGCCAAGUUCAAGUUCUCCAUCCUCAACGCCAAAGGAGAGGAGACAAAAGCCAUGGAGAGCCAACGCGCCUAUCGAUUCGUGCAAGGCAAGGACUGGGGCUUCAAGAAAUUCAUCAGGAGAGAUUUCCUGCUGGAUGAAGCCAACGGACUCCUUCCAGAUGACAAACUCACUCUGUUCUGUGAGGUGAGUGUGGUGCAGGACUCAGUGAACAUCUCUGGCCAGAACACCAUGAACAUGGUGAAGGUGCCCGAGUGCCGCCUGGCUGACGAGCUGGGCGGGCUCUGGGAGAACUCGCGGUUCACGGACUGCUGCCUCUGCGUGGCAGGCCAGGAGUUCAAGGGGCACAAAGCCAUCCUGGCAGCGCGUUCCCCAGUGUUCAGCGCCAUGUUUGAGCACGAGAUGGAGGAGAGUAAAAAGAAUCGGGUUGAAAUCAAUGAUGUGGAGCCGGAAGUUUUUAAGGAAAUGAUGUGUUUUAUUUAUACUGGGAAGGCACCAAAUCUUGACAAAAUGGCUGAUGACUUGCUGGCAGCUGCUGACAAGUACGCCCUGGAGCGGCUCAAGGUGAUGUGUGAGGACGCUCUGUGCAGUAACCUGUCCGUGGAGAACGCGGCCGAGAUCCUCAUCCUGGCUGACCUGCACAGCGCCGACCAGCUCAAGACCCAGGCCGUGGACUUCAUCAACUACCACGCCUCGGAUGUCAUGGAGACGUCGGGCUGGAAGUCCAUGGUGGUGUCCCACCCCCACCUGGUGGCCGAGGCCUAUCGCUCCUUGGCCUCGGCACAGUGUCCCUUCCUGGGGCCGCCCCGGAAGCGACUGAAGCAAUCCUAAAGCCCUGCCCCACACCUCACCCCAUGUGUUUUUUUUUUCCUGGAAGCGGCUCCAGCUGGGGCCGCCUUGAAACCUUGACCACCAGGUAGACAGCGAAAUCUGUGGAGCUUUUACUCUGUUGUUGGGGGGAAGAGGCUGCUCCGUGACAUCCAGACUUUUUCAAACAGCACCAAGUAACUUUGGGAGAGGGGGGAGGGUGGGGGCUCUGGGGCUGUUCAACCUUCUGAAUCCCUGUCGCUGCGUCGUCUGUGUGUUCCCUUCCACCUGGCUGAAGUCAGUUGAG